AUGGCCAUGCAUCCCCAAAGUCCUCAACCCAAUGCUCCUGCUUGCACCUUGGCAACAGAGACCGCUGUUCCCGAAGCAGCAGUGAUGACUGAACCUCCGGUGUCCAACACGGAGCUGGUGAUCCGGGAGCAGGACCGCCUGAUGCCGAUCGCGAACGUGGUUCGCAUCAUGCGCUGCGUGCUCCCUCCUCACGCCAAGAUCUCGGACGACGCCAAGGAGGUGAUACUGGAGUGUGUGUCCGAGUUCAUCAGCUUUGUCACCGGCGAGGCCAACGAACGGUGCCACACCGAGCACCGCAAGACCGUCACCGCCGAGGACAUCGUGUGGGCCAUGGACCGCCUCGGCUUCGACGACUACGUCUCGCCCCUCGACGCCUACCUCCAGCGCAUGCGCGAGUACGGGGGCUCAGGCCGCGGUGACCGCGCACGGCCGAGGGCACCCCGUGCGCCGUCUGUGGCCGCGCUCCACGGCGUGCAGAUGCACCCUGCCAUGCACCCGUACCCCGCUGCAGCGCAAGCAUACGCCGUUCGGCCCGUUCCCCUGAUUCGAGGCGUCAGCUCGGUGCCUCGCUUCGGCGGCCAGUACCAGAUGCUCGGUGGCGAGCGCUCCAUGGCUGCCUACUACGGAGGAUUCGCGCUGUUCGAAGACGGUGGAAGCAACGGAGGAGGCUGCGCCGACGAGGCAAGCUCAUCGAACGAGGAGCCACCAGCGACGGGCAUUGGCCAGCACCCGCAGUACCCAAACUAG